AUAUAAAAUAUUAAGUAAAUAAUUUUGAGGCAGAUAAUAUUCCUCCAAUAAGAAAAAACACCAAACGCUCGUCAAACUCCUCUUCCAACUCCCAUUUAUUUCCAUAACACACACUAACGCGCCUAUACACACGCGUUGGUGCGGCGCGUAUGACAUUCCCCGUCGUCCAACAACCAUGCCAGGCUCCGCUUCCACCACUCACCGCCCUGAGGGUUUAAUCCAGCGCCUCCGUUCCGCCGCCGCGGACGGCGGCGAAGCCAAAUUAAAGGUCCUCCGAGACCUCAAAAACCAGAUAAUCGGCAAUCGAACGAAAAAACUCUCCUACAUCAAGCUUGGAGCCGUUCCGUUCGUAGUUUCGAUUCUCUCAUCGUCUUCGUUCUCAUCCGAUUCCAUUCUCGUUCAGUGUGCCGCUACAAUUGGAAGCUUUGCGUGCGGUGUUGAUUCCGGUGUUAAGGCGGUUUUAGAUGCCGGAGCUUUUGUUCAUCUCGUGAAUCUUCUCUCGCAUUCGAACGAAAAGGUUGUAGAUGCAGGUGCUCGUGCUCUAAAAAUGAUAUAUCAAUCAAAAGUGGCACCCAAGUACGACUUUUUCCAAGAGAAAAACAUGGAAUUUCUUACAUCUUUAUUAGAUAAAAACAACGAAAAUUUAACCGCACUUGGUGCCAGUAUCAUAACACAUUCUUGCGAAACAAACGACGAGCAGAAGAUACUGGGCGAUGCCGGAACACUAAAACGCCUUAUCAACCUUCUCGAAGGCACCACAAGCCAACGAGAUGCAAGCUUAGAAGCAUUCGCUACAAUCAUCAAACAAAACCCACAAGUUAUUUCAGAGUUCGUGGGACCCGAAAACGGUAGAACGUGGGGUACGUUAAUAGAGUUGACGAAAGACAAGUAUCCAAGAACAAGAUUGCUUGCAUGUACGUGCUUAAUUUUGAUUAAAAACGCUGCUCCGUCAUAUCUUCAAUCGGUGGGGAUCAGAACCAAAUUGAUAUUAAUAUUACUUGAACUUAUCGAUGAUUCUGGUCAAGUGGGAGAUGAAGCGUUGUUUACUUUAUCGAGUUUUAUAGCGGAUGAAGAGAGUUUGCAAAAAUCGGCUUUUGAGGCAAAUACAAUUGACCGACUUUGUGACCACAUGCAAAAGGAAUCGUUACAACCCAAACGACUCGAGGGAAUGUUAAUGAUACUCGCUAAUCUAUGUUCAAAUUUGGAAUGUAGUAGAUCGGUUCUUUUGGAAUCACCCAAGACCAUAAGCAUCAUAACUGACGCUCUGAGUCAUGCUACGGUGGAUGUACGCGUUGCUGCAUGCAUGUGUUUGAAAAAUAUCUCCCGCUCGGUUAAGUAUCUGAGUGCAGGUCAUUUUAUGACAGAAGCAGUUAUUAUACCGCUGAUUCAGCUUCUAGAUGAUACGUCUACAUCUGUUCAGGUUGCUGCACUGCGUACUAUCAGUAACUUAGUGAUUGAUUUUACAAUGCACAAGUCUCUUUUUGUACAAAACGGAGGUGUGAAACAACUUGUUGAGCUAUCAAAAUCUAUGGAUUCAAGAGUUAGACUAAAUGCCGUAUGGGCUUUGAGAAACUUGAUGUUUCUUGUCGACAGCAGGUGUAAAGAAGGGAUCUUUUUGGAGCUCAGAGCAUUGUCGUUAACAAGCCUCGUUUCCGAUCCCAGUGCUUGUGUACAAGAGCAUGCUUUGGGCCUUAUUUGCAACCUUGUUAACGGUUCUCUGGAUUCUAUCGACUAUGUCUUCACUGAGGAUGCUCUUUUACUGAACGCUGUUGGAAGACAACUACGGAAUGCUUCAAAACCUGAAGUUUUGAUUCAGGGAAUGUAUGUCCUGUGCAAUGUGGCAUCUGGAAAAGAGUUCCAAAAGGAAGCAGUUAUGCACCAAAUUCUCCCAGAUUCAAGUAACGGUGAUACCCAAUCAAUAAUGGUGACCAUGUUGCAAAGUGAAGUUGCCCAAUUAAGAACAGCUGCUGUUUGGACGAUAGUAAAUCUCACCAUUCCAACCGGGGCCGGUGCAUUAGCGCGUGUGGUCAAAUUAAGAAAUGCUGGCAUCGUUUCUCAGCUAAAGAACAUGGCCAAUGAUCCCUGCUUGGACGUUAAGCUUCGUGUAAGAACAGCGCUCGGACAGUCUAUGAUUUUUGGGGAUUUUUCCACGUGAAUGUUUGUUAAUAUAAUCAACCGCCAAUGGAUGAAACGACAUGCCUACACCAAGCUUGAUUGGCAGUUGACUAUUGUUGUAACAUGUAAUAAUCAAGGUUUUUAUUUUUUGUUAAAUCAAAUUAUUGACAAUCACCAGUUUUGUUUGGAAAUUAUUUCUGUUAUUAUUAUAGAAUAUCUCUUUUCUCGCUGCA